AUGCCCAAGGACGGCCUCUAUUCAAUCCCUCGUCACCACUUGUACAACGGUGAAAUGUUGCGUCCCAUCUAUAACUCCAAGGACUUCGCGCAAUCGGACACUGACGACCCUACCAGGAAAGCUUCGAAGCUGGCAGAGGGCGCACACGUGAGCAAGGAUCACCAGAAGCAGUACAAGAAGCGCGCGAAGAAGCAUGAAGCCGAAGGCAAAUCUACUGAUCUCAACGGUGGCAGCCUUUCAACUGCGCCUGGCGCGACAGAUGCGAGCUUGAACGAUCACUCCACAGGUGAUAAUCGCAAGCGCCAUGCCAAGUACAGGAAGGAGAAGAAAGAAAAGUCCGCAGAACGUAAGAGUAAGAGAGAAGCAAACGUUGGCGCAUCCACUUCCGACGAUGCGAUCGCAAGUGCUAUGCGCGACUUGGAUCGCUUCCAGGUCAUGUUGGAGUCCGAAAAGCAGGAUCUCAAGGAAAAGAAGAAGGCUGGCAAGCGCAAGAGAAAGAGCGAGGGUGAUGUGAAUAUCAAUCUCAGCUCCCAGAAACAGAAGAAAUCGAAGAAGACACCAGUAAAGCCUCCAAAUACCGCGAAGGAGUCAACAUCUCGCAGUGCCAUUCAUGGUAGUCCACAGAAAGCCAAAUCUAGGUACAUGACCGAAUCAACCCAGACCCCAGAGAAGCUGAUGCAGUCGACACAUCCAACCCCAACAAAGACUCCAGUCCCAUUCCCAAGAUCAACCCGAAAGGCAGUAACUCCGGACCGGUCUCUCACUGAUGAGCCUCAGGGAAAUGCAAGAGAGGUGUUGGUCCCAGAGACGCCUCCAUCAGUUCUCAUCAAAACCCCCAAGCUAGUAUCCAAAACUCCCAUACCAUUUCCGAUACUUCAUGAUACUACACCCAAACACCUGGUCAUUUAUCCUUCCUCGGAGCCAGGUUCCAUGCAUCCGGCCAGCAUGGCCAGCUUCAGCGAGGUUCCAAGCAUGACGAGCAUGAUGAAGAUUCGACAGCCGCUGGCAGACGGACCCAAACCACGCCCCGCUCCGAAGCCCCGUUCAAAUGAAAGUUCUACGGAUACAUCGUCGUGCGCAUCAUCCGAAGGCAUCCCAGACAAGUCCAGCGGUUUCAUCAAGGCCUAUACACCUUCAGAUGGUCGUUUUACCCCUGUAGAAGACCGCAAGCCCUACCACGGUGCAGGCUUUCAGCAAGCCUCGAUGCAAGAGUUCAACAAGAAGUUCCUGGACCUUCAAAUCCUGGUCAAUUUCGACCAAGAGAAGGAGUACCUUGAUCUCCAUCUUGACUGGAACGCAGAAAAUCAAACAGACCUCCCACUCCCGUGCCUUGGUUCAGCAACUGGCUGCUCUGCUAAGAAAGAGUAUGCGCUCCGUCUUGCGAAAGAUGAGAAACUCAGCAUGCCAACAUUGAUAGACCAGGAGCCUGCCCCUUCCGAUCACGACUUGAUGGGUGACGUUGACUAUCGUACCCAUGAAGCCGAAAAUUUUCUCAUCGUGGCCAUGGCUGCUCGUAUCCCGGUUCCCCUUGGCCGACUUGAUGGCACCUGGACUCUAUUCUGUCCACAAUACAGUCAACACCACGUAGACCGCUACGGAUACGGCAUGCGAACUCUCGAGAUCAAGCCCAUCGCUGGUUUCAAAGAUCGCGGCGUAUAUACCGCGCGCUUGAACAUCCCGCCGCGUUCCAUGAGUUACAAUAUCGUUGCCUUCACUGCCCCGCCGCAUGCAUCGUUCCGUGUCACAAAACUUGUCACGGGUGCCGAAGGCUAUGAAAUCGAUGUCAUCUUCCUCGGAAACGGCUACUUACAGAUGCGAGUUGAUCUAAACUUGCUGCUUCGCGGAAAGCCGACAGAGAUGGUUGGGGGUAGGAAGGCCUACAUGGAGUUUCUGGGAGUCCACGAGAACGCUUUGCAGUGGAACAAUCGAGUGAACACUUUGUCGGAGGGAGGCGACACUAAGGCUGGUUCUCCAGAAGGCAAUAUCAAUGCCUAGACCCUAAGCCUCCUCGAUUCGAUGACCUGAAUAUGGCGUUGGGGUUUGAUGGUCGGUAAGGGCAGGUAUACACAGUGAUUAGGCUUUGGCUAUGGCUUGAUUGGGA